CUCGCCUAGUUUCUUUCGCCGUUCUGUUGCAGCCACCAUAUGACCGCAUCAAUCAACAGCGCCCGAAGUGUUCCCUUGAUUAACCCGCACCUGAAUAGUAGGGUAUCUUAUCUUUGACAGAAAUGACAGCCGCCAACGAAACGACAAUGGACUCGCUCGAAAAAAUGAAUUUCGUAAUUGUUGGUGGCUCCCUUGGGGGCCUGGCUACCGGCAUUGCGCUCAAGGCGCUGGGGCAUGACACUACCAUACUCGAACGAAACCCAACGCCUUUGCUACACGACCAGGGCGCCGGGAUUGUAGCCGGUGGCCACGCUCUUGAAUUUCUCGAGCGGUACAACCGCUGCCAGCGACAGGAUAUCGCCAUCCAUUCCAACAAGAGACAGUAUCUGAACAAAGACGGCAACAUCGUCCACACGGUAGACGCAAACCACGACAUGAGCUCGUGGGAUCUGACGUACCACCUCAUGCGCGCCAACUACGACGGCCUCGCAAGCCCCUACUGCGAUGUUCCUCCCCCUGACCCACGCCACGGGAAAGCCGUGCAUCUGCACAACCGCACCGUCACCGGUGUCACGGAAGACCCCGACGGCAACGGCGUCCGCGUAUCCUGGAAAUGCACAAGCAACCCUUCCAUCACCGGCACCAUGUCCGCUGACCGGCUCGUAGGCGCCGACGGCCCCAGCUCCCUUAUCCGCUCACUCUUCUGUCCUGGACUCGAACGAACCUACGCCGGCUACUGCGCGCUGCGGGGCACCGUGGUCGAGCACGAAGCCAGCGCGGCAGCCCAAGCAACCUUCACAAACACAUUCACCUUCUACCACGGCCCAGGCAUCCAAAUUCUCGCUUAUCUGAUCCCCGGUCAGCACGGGACAUUGGAACCGGGCCAGCGGCUAAUCAAUUUCGUGUACUACACCAACUUCCCCGCGGGGUCCCCCAAGCUGGAAGAGUUGAUGACAGACCGCCACGGCAAGCGGCACCGCCUGACGUUACCACCCGGGCUGAUCAACCCAGCGGCGUGGGCACAGCAGCAGGAGAUUGCGCGGGCGCGGCUGCCGCCGCAAUUCGCUGAGGUCGUGUGCAAGGCCAAACGGCCGUUUGUGCAAGCCGUUACGGACGUGAUUAGUCCGGCGAACGAGUUUCUUGACGGGAAGGUGGUGCUCGUCGGGGACGCGCUGGCCGGGUUCAGGCCGCACACAGUUGCGUCAACGUCGCAGGCGGCUUACGAUGCCAUGCUCUAUGCAGAUUAUGUUGCGGGGAAGGUGACGAGGGACGAGUGGAAGCAGAAAACGAUGGGGUACGCGAGGUUUGUGCAGAAACGGGGGGUUGAGAUGGGCGAGAGGAGCCAGCAUCAAUGUCUUGCCCUGGAGGAGUAUAUCCGGGACCGGGACGAGGCGUCGGCGCCGAUUAGCGAGGAGAUGUUUCCUGAGUGGGCUACGGCGAUAUGAACUUGACGAGAAUGAGGGGGCUUGGAAAUACCCUCAUGUCAACCGAUUCAGGGGCUUCUAUGAACUAAGUGUAAUGCGCAUACUUUCAGCAGAGGGUGAGGUGCAUUGCACUAUCCAUGUGAAAGGACAUAAGAAAGGAAGUUCUUCCGUUUCAUCGAAGUGUAUCAGCCUCUUUCAGUCUACUUACUGUCCAGCGAUUCCCCAUGAUACACCGGACAAAAGUCACAGCACCAGCCUGAAGCUGGGCUCUCUAUCGUCGCCGUACCCAAUGUAUUUGUCAUAUUUUCCCUGUGCU